AUAAGGGAAGACAAAAAUUGUAUGAAAUUAGUGAAGAGUUUCAAUUCGAAGAUGAGAAAUUAUAUCCUGAACCUUGUUUGGCGAAUAUAUCUGAUAGCAAGCAUAUUGUAUUAACUUUGAAAAGAAAUUAUCCAUAUGACAUUGGGAGAGUUAACGAAUUAAAUGCUCCAAAUCUCGAGGGCGAAAUAGAUAGUUUGAAUUUUCUUGUGAAUAGUGACCUUGUGAUCGUCAAAGGAAAACCGACAUAUAGAGCCUACAUUUUUUCUAAUAACGAAAAGAACAAUGACAAAUGGGAUUGCAAAAGGAUGAUUGAAUUAAAAUAUUUUACUCAGAGCCACGUAACUUCUAGUGGAAAAUUGCUAUUAGAGAUUGCUGAUACCACUGUUUUAUUACAAUGGAAUUUAAAAAAAUUAAUCCUUGAACAGCAAUACUUGUUAAACAAGUUUCGAUCUCAACUUAAAAUUUCUUUUAAUGACAACUCUACGUUAUUGGCAGUUCAUGGAUUAGUGUAUGAUUCAGCAAAUAAUUCCUCAUAUAAGUUAUUUAUUUAUUCAACUGAACUUGGAAUAUUGCUGGCUCAAAGUAACAAUAUCGUAAAUUGUCUGAAGAGUUGUUUGAAGUAUAUUUUAUUGGCACUGAUGUGGGAGAAAGAUUCUCUAUCAGAUCCUGUAGAUGCUACAAAACUCUUCAAAAAUAGUCUGUCUUCAAUAAAUGAUGCUGAAACUAGUAUAUUAAUGCAACAAUAUGCAAUACAAUCUGAUACCAUCAUUAUUUGGCUUAAGGGAAGCCUGUACAUGCAAACUUUAGUACAAAAGAAUUGGAUUAAAUGGAUUGAAUAUCUGAGAAUAAAUUUAGGUGACUAUAGCAACAUCGGUUCUCCAUAUAGCGUUACACGAAUCAAAUUAAUGAUUCAUGAAAUUAUUAAAUUGUACAAUGAUAGUGAUAGGCAAGAAAUUAAUCUCAAAAUUGAGCCUCCAUAUAAAGGUACUAUAUUUAAAUGGGGCAUUGAAAUUGAUGAUGAUAUUUCAUUAGUAGGGCAUAGACUAAUAAAGACUGAAGAACAGCUAGUGAAAACUAUUUUUAUAUUAUUUAAGAAACAAGAAUUAUUGAAGCAUAAGAAAAAAUUUAUUCUGAAUUGUGGUUUGCUUGAAAAUGAUAAUUUAGCAAUGAUUACGAUUU